AUGAAAUUAUUAAUAAUUAACCCAAAUAGUUCAGAAAAAGUAACCAACAACUUAAAGGGAAUUUUGAGAUCUCCUGAAAAUGUCAAUUUAUCAUUUUAUACUGCCCCUUCUAAUGCACCCAAAGAGAUUACUGGUGAAAAGACUUCAAAAGAAUCAGAAAUUAUAGUGUUGAAAGAUAUAAAAGAUAAAAAUAUUGCAAAUGAUUAUGAUGGAUUUAUGGUUUGUUGUUAUUCAGAUCACCCGCUAGUAAGAUCAUUGAGUGAAUUGAGUAAAAAACCAGUCAUGGGGAUAAUGCAAGCAACCUUACUUUACACAUUACUGAAUCCAAAUGUUACAAGACUGUUCAUUCUAACUAGUACGUCUGAAUGGGAAUCAAUACUUGAUAAAGCAAUUACCAAUUAUUUUGGAUAUAAGGAAUUUCCAGUAAACAGAUUUCAAAAAACUAUUGGGUUAAAUAUAAAUGUUACAAAUUUAGCAGAUAAAGAAGAAUAUGGUAAAAUUAAAAAGAAAGUUAAUCAUAUUUUAAAUGAACAAUAUAAAAAUGAUCAUAUAAAUUGUGUAUUAUUAGGUUGUGCUGGUAUGGCAGGUUUAGAUUCAAAAUUAUCAACUGAUUUCCCUGAGAUUUACUUUAUAGAUAGUUGUAAAAUUGCAACAGAAUUCUUAAUAGGUUUAGUUAGAUUUAAUAAACAAUUAUAA